CGCCAGCCAAUGGGUGGGCGCAGAUGCGAAUUUCGAAUGUGGUGGCGGCUGUCGGAGGCUGACGGGAGACAGUGCAUUAGACCUGGAGGUCCGGGAGCUCGGAGCGCUGUCCGCGGGACAGUAUCGCUGAGCUUUGGAAUGUAAGGAGGGAAGCAGCUGCGGCAGAAGCGGUGGCGAAGGCAGAAGAUGGCCAAGGAAAGGAAUCUCAAAAAGUCCUUUCAAGAUAGUCUUGAAGACAUAAAGAAACGGAUGAAAGAGAAAAGGAAUAAAAACUUGGCUGAGAUUGGCAAACGCAAGUCUUUCAUAGCUCCACCAUGCCAAAUAAUCACCAACACCUCUACACUGUUAAAAAACUACCAAGACAACAACAAAAUGUUAGUCUUAGCUUUGGAAAAUGAAAAAUCCAGAGUGAGAGAAGCCCAAGACAUCAUCCUGCAGCUGAGAAGGGAAUGUUACUACCUCACAUAUCAGUUAUAUGCAUUGAAAGAGAAACUUACUUCACAACAAACGGAAGAACCUGCUCAGAAUCAUGAAGUGAGUUCCUCUGGAAUAGACUCCAAUAUUGACAACAAUGCCGGGGAUUUCUCUACAAAGGAUUUACUGCAAGCCCCUCUUCAGGAAGCUCACCCUCCAGAACAAGGAGAAUCAUUCCAAAUAGAAGAGCAAAUACCUACUAUUCCUCAAGACAGACUGGGAUUUGAUUUGGAUUCAGGUGAAGAUAAGUCUGCUGAUAACAUCUUACCUAGAACUGUAUCUCUCCGUCGCAAUUUAAAGAAACCGUUUAAUAAUCUAUGCCAAAUCAACACCUUGGAUAAUUUUGAAAUCAGUCCUAUGUCAGAGCAGUCUUUUGGGUUGGAAACAAUUAGAUCUGUAGACACAUUAGUAAACAUGCACCUAUCUCAAAAUGUAGAACAAAAUGUUUGUCAAUGGAACAAGGACCAAAUUAACUCAUCACCAAAGCUGAUUCACCCAGAAAGAUCUGCUAAAAUGAAGGAAGACAUUUUAGAGAAUAAAUCUGAGCAAACUAAAAAUAAGCAUAGAGAUGCACAAAGGAGAAAAAGAGAAGAGAAAAGAAAAGCUAACAGAAGGAGAAAAGCAAAAUUUAUGUCUAAAUGUAAAGGCAGCAAAAGUAAAAUUAAAAAACCUGUUUCCAAAACAAAGGUGGAUGAUUUUAUCACUUCCGAUGAUGCUUACAAUUUUAAUUUAGAAGAAGGUGUUCAUCUCACUCCUUUUCGACAAAAAAUGAGCAAUGAUUCUAAAACAGAAGAAAACAGCAAUGUGUUCGAAGUGAGCAGCUGUGAAUCAAGUGGUUCUGGAGACGAGUCUGACGACCUCUAUUUGCCCAAUUGCAAGUACAGUCCAAGUCUCAGCAGUGACUCAUGUAGGAGCCCAGUAACCAGGCCUCGACCUAAGAGGGCACUAAGAUGUGAGGAUGAAAAAGAGUUGGAUGGUUCUCAGCCAACAAAAACUCCUACCAGUGCACUACCUGAAACUCACCAGUCACCUCAUUUUGGCCUGAAGGAUAUCACCAAUGUCCCCUUGCAUCCCGAAGUGAAAAUGAGAAAACUUUCUCUUUCUCCAAAAAAGAAUAAAGACAGCCCAGCAGUGUCUCUGCCUAAGCGUCGGUGCACAGUCAGCGUGAACUACAAGGAGCCCACACUCGCUUCGAAACUAAGAAGAGGAGACCCUUUUACAGACUUGUGUUUCUUGAAUUCACCUGUUUUCAAGCAAAAAAAGGAUUGCAGACACAGUUCUAAAAAAAAAAGUGUGAAGAAAAUACAAUGAAGCAUUUGUUGGAUGCUGUUUAAAUCAUCCCACACCCGCUUCUAUUGCCCCAAGAGAGAAUCUGCAAGAUAGCACACAAGCGGGUUGAACUCUUGCCCUUGAAUAUUCUCUUGACGGGACUCUAGAUCAUGAUCGUUUCUUAAAGACUGUACUUCAAAUGUGUUUUUUUUUCUUAAACCUUUAAUAGAUUUGGUUUAUUUUUUUUUCAUUUAAAUGUAAAUAACUGGACUUAAGCACAAUUACAGUUGUAUUUCUUACACUGCCUAAAACCCUUAGUCAAAAUGUAUCUUAUACCAAUAUCUUGGAAAUUAAUAAUUAUUCAAAUAAGAUGUUCUAAUUAUAAGCUCCUGGUACUUUUAUUUUUCCCUUAAGUGGGGAAUACUAAAAUGAUUUUUGAAAACAGGCUGAGGAUCUUUUGAAACAUCUUAUAUAAUAUUUGAA